GCCAUAUUUUAUCGGAAGUGAGAAAUUCUCCAUAUGGUUCUUCUACAUGAACUCGACUUGAUCCCCCGUAUGCUACACAGAGAAUGAUAUUUACUUGAAGAAUGGCUCAGACAGAGCCUUGAUUUCGGGGGAAAAACGAAUUUUUAUUGUGAACGACAGUGGUAACACGGGGCAUUAUAACGAUAAAAGGAGAUGAACAAAGGAGUCGCUACAACCAAGAAUUUAACGAAAACACAUGUUCACGGAAAUGGCUUGCGAUAAACAUUGAUAGGGACAUUGUUCAUGCGACAGACGUUUUCUUAUCAACAAUACGAAAGGAGGGAGAGAUUUUAAGAAAACUUGAAGAAGGUAGUCCCUGAUGCAAGAAGGAAGCUACAGCUCAACAAUAAAUGCAUUUAGCAAGAAGAUUAAGUUGGAAGUGUUUCCCGAUCUCCAUAAUGUAGCUUCAAGUAACCUGUACAGUUCACAGAGUCCAUUAUUACACUCAGCAUCAGAGUAUACACAGGGUAACAGCAACCAGACAUUGUUUUAUCCACCCAAUAGGAAUGCUUAUAGAGACGUGGAAAAUAUAUCUCAAAAUUACAUUCGUGCUUCAACGUUAAAACUUCUAGAUACGUACCAGAGAUGUGGAAUUAAGCGUAAAUGUGAGGAAUUGGAAAUACCGAUGCAGCUCACAGACGUGCAAACAGUACCAAGCGAGGAUGAGAAGCCCCUUAUUGCCACGACCACAGCAACAACAACGAACACCUCCAAAAAUACAUCCUCCUCAAAUAGUGAGGGUGACUAUCAGUUAGUACAGCAUGAGGUAUUGUACUCUUUGACGAGUCACAAUGCCUACGAAGUGCUGGAGUUUUUGGGUCGUGGCACAUUUGGUCAAGUGGUCAAAUGUUGGAAGAAAGGGACCAAUGAAAUCGUAGCAAUAAAAAUCUUGAAAAACCACCCUUCAUAUGCAAGACAGGGCCAAAUAGAAGUCAGCAUAUUAACAAGAUUAAGUCAUGAAAAUGCUGACGAAUUCAACUUUGUACGAGCAUAUGAAUGCUUUCAGCACAAAAACCAUACUUGCUUGGUUUUCGAGAUGCUUGAACAGAAUUUAUAUGACUUUCUCAAGCAGAACAAAUUUCAGCCUCUACCCUUGAAGUACAUCCGUCCGAUCACGCAACAAGUGUUGACUGCAUUGCUGAAGUUGAAAAGCCUGCAUUUGAUUCAUGCGGACCUGAAACCUGAAAAUAUUAUGUUGACAGAUCCCAUUCGAAUGCCGUAUAAAGUUAAAGUCAUUGAUUUUGGUUCUGCUAGUCAUGUGUCCAAGGCAGUUUGUUCUACAUAUUUACAGUCACGAUACUACAGAGCUCCCGAGAUCUUGCUAGGCCUUCCAUUCUGUGAAGCUAUAGAUAUGUGGUCCCUGGGCUGUGUGAUAGCUGAAUUGUUUCUGGGCUGGCCCCUCUACCCAGGCUCUUCAGAAUACGACCAGAUCCGCUACAUCUCCCAGACACAAGGCUUGCCAGCAGAACACAUGCUCAGCGCAGCUACCAAAACAACCCGAUUUUUCAUUCGAGAAAACACAGAUAGCAACUAUCCCUUCUGGAGGCUUAAGACUCCAGAAGAACAUGAAGGUGAAACGAAAAUCAAAUCAAAAGAAGCCAGGAAGUACAUCUUUAAUUGUCUGGACGACAUGGCACAGAUUAAUGUGCCUACUGACCUGGAUGGCAGUGAGUUAAUGGCAGAAAAGGUAGACAGGAAAGAAUUCAUUGACCUCUUGAAGAGGAUGUUGACUCUGGACCAGGAGAGGAGGAUCACCCCUGGGGAGGCCCUGAACCACCCCUUCAUCACCAUGGCCCAUCUCAUAGAAUACGCUCCAUGUAACAUGUUUAAACAGAGUCUGUCAGCAAUGGACAUUUGUCGACGUUCGGUGAAGAGCAUAUUUGAUGUGAAUCAAAACACAAGUUCCAUCAUGUCAAAUCUGGUGCCACCCUCCACUAGUAAUCUGACUGUCAGUUUCAACAAUCAGAUCAACGCCCUUCACACACAGAUGGCGACCCAGAACUUGAGUGGAACUUCUCAUCAUCCGGGUACAGAACUUCAGUAUUUGCCGUAUCCCUUACAGUCACGGCAUUACAUUCCUUAUCAGCCAUCACAAGUUAACACACAGCUGUCAGCACCCAGGUCCUCAACACAGUUUAGCCGCACCGAUCCUUUUAUUCACGUCUCCUCUAUAGUGGUGCCCGGUAUCCAAGGCCUGAGCUCUCCAACAAGGUACAACCAUGUUCCCAUGGUAACCCAAGCAGCUCCCACAUUACAACUUCAGCCCCAGCUGAUUGCUCAGAGUACUGUGGGCCAGAUAAGUCCAGUGACCAUGAUAGAACACCCAUUAUUCAUGGCAGCCAAUGCUGGAAACACAUGGCCAGGUACGCAGCAAGUCCUGGUGGGGUCCUGGCAACAGAUUCCAGGAAUCGCCACCCAGAGGGCUGUCCAGCAACCACUACUGACAGACACACUAGCAGCAUCCCAGGCCCUACAAGACACCUGGAGGCAGUCCUUGGUGCUGGACAAUCUAGAACAGUCUUCUUUAGCCUCGCUGGGAUCCUCAUCUCAGAAGUGGAAUAUUGGAGUUAUGCCAAACAACUCAUAUGUACCAAAAGGAACUGGUUCAAGUAAAAGGCAGACCAAACAGAGUAGAAGCUACAAGAAUGGGGCUGCUUCCACACAUUUAUCUCCAGUAAAGAAAAGGGUCAAGGAAAAUACACCCCCCGAAACACUGGUCCCUGAUGAUAAUGCCCUCCUACAGGAAUGGGCAGAUAACCUCAAAACAAGACGGUCAGGCAAAGAGCAGAAACAGACAAUAGUGAUAGCAGACACCCCAAGCCCCACCCCCAGUAUCAUCACCAUCAGCUCAGACAGUGAAGAAGAGGGGGAGCACAGGUUCCACAGAGGGAGAAGAGCUGGAAGUCAUCGAGUUCAGAACCACAACCAAACAGGUGUAGAUGCACGUUCAUUUGUGGACAGCAGUAUUGGGAAUGAAUUUUUCGAAUCCUCCAGAAGUCACAAGAGUUUAAUAUCAAGUGUUCCUGUGCCGGAACUGACUUCUCAAGAUUCUGAAGCAAAGUACCAAAAUGCACUAUUUAAGAAACAGUUAGCAAUGACGCCAAUCAAACACGAGGAAAUAGAGAGGACAAAUGAAGAGACAGACAAAAAUUACCACUUAGAUACAGGUUACAAUGUGGUUCCACCCAAUGUUUCACUGGAAGUGCCCAAGAAGGCAAGAGAGCAAGCCAAAGUGUCACCAUAUGUGAUGAGUGUUCCAAAACAGGAAACAUCUUCAUAUAUGCCAUGCACUACCACUGCCAGCUUUGACCGAUCAAGGGCCGGAAGGAGCCCAAAGACGGAGGUGAAACUUCCACCACUUGAAGUGGAAAUCAGCAAUGCUGCAUUACAAGGAAAGCUAGCCUAUGUGUCUCCAACUGUCCGUAAUGUCCAUAGUCAAACCCACAAGCAGGCUGCACCUGGCAUGACUUUUGUCAACUCCAGCUCAGCUUUCCAGCAGCAUAAGGCAAGGCCAGGGAACAUGAACUUUACAAGACCAGCUGGACCCAGUCAGUUAUCACCAGUUCAGACUGGUGUAGCCAUUGGUCAACCAGUUUUCCUAAAUACGGGUCCACAAGUUGAAGUUCACAGGGACUUUAGGCGGCCGCCAGCUUUGCAGGGUAGUCCAAUCCAUCAUUAUUUACUGCCAGCUCACCAACAGCCCCAGAUGGCAGCCAUUCCCACAGCUAUGAGCCAGUACACACCAUUCUCUCCCACAGUGGCCCCGCCUCCAGCUCAUCAGAGUCCUAGACACGUCCAGUACACAACACAUCCCCUGCCAGCUCACGUUCACCCUGUUCUGCAGUCUUCGACCCUCCCAACGGGGCCCUACCCCACUCAGAUCGCCUCCCAGUAUGGCAGCCUCAAUCCAGCAGGGGGCAUUUAUGCCACAUACCCUCUAAGCCCAACCAAAGGCAGAUCAUAUCAAUAUUUUGCAUAACGUUCUCAUAAGUCAUUGUUUUUGACAUUCAUGGUGCUAUUUAGUGGUGGCUUGCAUCCUAGAAAUCACACACCUGUGUAUUUUGGUUGUGAUUAAUGAACAUGGACUGGAAACUGGUUGAUUUUAAUGGUGUGGUUUUCCUCACAACUUCUUUUUAUCAUUAUCAGUGUUAGUUGUAGCUUAUUAUUUUCCCUCUUGGUAGACAACUGUCUGUGUUCUGCAACCAGAUGCUUCUGUUUUUCCCCCCUGUCUUAUCUGUAGAUUCAUUGUAGAAUUUAUUUUAUCGGGCUUCAUAUUUAAAAGGAUUACAGCCAGCCAUAUAUAUUGUGUAUUUAUCAGCAUAUUGUAUAUUUUACUGAUAUUUGUAUAUGUAUUUUAUUACCUACACAACAAUCAUUUUUAAUUGCUAAGUAAUUAAUAUAUUGUUGCUAUAGUUUGUUACAUAUAUGUGUUGUCACAUUUUAGUACGUAAUCUUAGUAAUAUUACAAGUAAAAUUUUAACAUCAUAUUUAUUCUUGUAGCCAAUAUAUGUAUAGGAUUUCUAGAUAUAGUGGAAAACAGAGAUCUUUGUUGAUUUUGGGCAUUUAAUACAUCACUUCAUAUUGGUAAUAGAAUUUUGGAAACAUCUUCAGUCAUAACAUUAAGCCUAAGGAGAUGCAUAAAAAGGGUACUUGAAUACUUGCCAUGAAUGAUAUAGGGAAGAAAUUUCAUAGAAAUAAGAUGUUUCUUUACAAUAAAAUUUGAACAUUCCACUUUGCAUUGUCAAGCACCAAAUCAGUCGGCAGUAGGGAAGAAAUACUAAAGAUUUAUGUUUGCCUGUGUAACUUGUUUGAUGUUGUUCAUCAGUGUUCAAUGGUCUGUGAUCUUUCAAUAUUCUGAAUUUAUGCACCUCAUCUGGUAAUUUUCAUGUGAUUUAAAAAAAAAUGAGGGCAGUUGGAUGAAAAGUCCAACGUAUGAACUUUAGUUGUCAGUUAUGUAAUCUCUCGUAUAAAUAUAUCUUUUUCUUUUAAAAGAUAAUUUGAUUUAUGAACUUGAACAGUGUGAGAUUGCUUUAGAGAGAAAUGUGAUACUUAAUGACGAGCCAAAAUGAACGGCAGAAUCUAGAGAAAAGAUGUAUUCUAUUGUCAAUCAAAGAGCUAGUAAACUAUUUUUGUAAUGAGAUGUUAAUGUUAUAUGUGGUGCACAUAUUUUUAAAUCAUGUUUGAACAAGCAUGUUUGUGGUUUUUUUUUUCUUUUUCAAAAGGAAUGAAGUGGUGCCAUUGUAUAAGUAAUUGUAUAGCAAAGAUUUGUAUUAAUUCUUCUAUUUUCCAUGUCCUCGAAAGAUUAAUGUCCAUAAUAAAUAAAUUUCUGAGGGAGUGUAUAGAACUGCCCUUAAUUGUAUAGAAUUUUUUGUAUAUUUGUUACAAUAUUGUACAUAUGUUAGACUGGUGUAUUAGAGGCCUUUCUAUGCUGUGUGUGGUGGUGAUAUGCACUAAUGUUUGUGAUACUCAUUUGUAGAAAAUAAUGCCAAAGUCAUUCUAAGGACAUAACAGCUAUCCCUUUUCCUUUUUUGGUUAUCAAUUGUUUCUCUAUUUAAAAAAAAAUGAGUACAUUUUAAUACUUUUUUUUAACCAUAACUUUAUGUGGUAGCUAACUAGAUUGAAAAAAAAAGAGUUCAGUAUAAAAACUUUUUAUGUUUAAUGCUAUUUUAAUGGUACAAAAAAUGAUAAACUUGAUGUGUGUAUUUUGUCCUUGGUUUGAUGUUAUUCUAAAACCUGUCAUACAUAAAAAUAUAUAUAUGGCAAAGACAGUUCACUUGUACAUGUAUCUGUAGAUGUGAUUUAGCGUGUAUUUUUAACACUUGCCAGUAUUUUAUUUUUCAUAGUAGUCUUUCAUGCACCAAAUGGUUUUCAUUAAUAAUCACUGAUAUCUCGUAAUAAUUCCCAAUGUUUGUAAGCUUGUGAUAUUACAGAGGAGAGAGAGAAAAAAAAAGAAAAUGGCAAAUUAUUCUGAAGUCACCCUGCCAUUAUUAUCCAUUAUCACUGUUUUUUCUCUGUAGCAGGCUUUUAAUUAAGCAGCUUGUUCAUGGGUACUUCAAGCAUUUUGUCGUCAUAGAAUUACUAGAGUUGUCUUACCUUGCUGUGUUCAUUCAGAAUUGUUUCCCUUUUUUUCGUUAUAUCUAAUGGUAGCUGUAGGAGAGUACUUUUAUUGUAGUAUAUUUAAAUUAGCAGUAGAGUUCUAGGUGUAUAUGGAUGCUUUGUCAAUUAUUUAUUUUAGUUUUCUGUCAAGUUUUUAAUCCACUCUCUAGGUUAACAGUGCUAGUUUGGUUCUUGGUUUCUGUGUUAUUUUUGGCACUUAGUUUAUUUUUAUCAUAUUGAUAGCCAAUGUUAACCUUGUGUGUUUUGUAUUGUGAUUUGGUAUAUCAUUCCGUGUUUUGAAGCACUGUUCAAAAUUUUUUAGCAGGACUUUGUCAACCAUUUUAUUCACCUUGAUUGUAAACUAUUUAUUCCUUUACAUUUUAGCCUAGGUCCAUUGAUUUUAAGGAAUUUUUCUGCCUCGGCAUGAUCAAAUAAGAUGAAAAAUUUUGUCAGUGAUGUUCGUCAAACGAGUGCUUUUGUGAUGUAAAGCUUACUUCAUACUCAGGGUUGCCAGUCAUGUCUAAUCCAUAAAUCAUUGCAUUUAAUCAUAGUCAUUUUUUUUUUUCAACUCAUAAUAUUGACUUCUUCAUGCAGGCAUAUAUUCAUGUAUAGAUAGAUUCAUAUAGCCAGAGACAAUUUUGCAAUACUGUAAUGUAAAUCCUCAUAUGGUCAUUACGUAAUCAUUGAUUAAACUGAAUGUGUAUUUAUAUCCAAUAUCAUUCUAGCAUUUAGUCUCUCUCAUCUGUCUCAGUUGUUAUAAUCAGAGGCCUUGCUAUGGAACUUUCACUUUCUGUUUGGUGGUUGAAAAUAAUUUUUUUGACAUUGUUAGAAAGACUUUAAAAAUGGGAUUGGUCAUUUAUAUACGUUAAAAGUAGGAGUUAGCAUCAAAAUUUAGUCAUAUAAUCCAGAAAGUUUGAUCUCUUAGUCAGAUUUUAACAUUAUUUUCUUUAUCUUUAUGUAGUGUUUUAUAUAGCCUAUGUUAGUGUUUUUAACCAAAAUUUAUAUUAUCUAGGUUUAUAUAGGGAAUUCAUUAUGUAGUGUUAGUUUAUUUCAAUUAUUGUGUGCCUGGCAUUCCAGAAUAUAUUUAUACUGAAGCAAAACUUUGGAUUAAAUUUCAGUAUUUUUUUAAUCGGUGGAGAUUUUUUUUCAUGGCUUUCAAAGAUUGGUAUUUUAACGUUAUUGUAGAUUGAGGAUUGAAUUUGGAAUAUGCUUUUGGUUUGCUUAAGAUUUGGUUUAUUCACAAGUUUUAGUAUAGACAUUUGGUUGUAUAGUGUGUUAAAAGCUUUCCCCCUACUUUCAGUAUGCUUGUUAUUUUUUCCACUCCCAUUAUAACACAAAAUGUAUUGUGUCUAGUCAGUAUUUAGUGUGUGGUUUCAGUGUUAAUCAAUUUUAUAUUUCUUCAUUUAGACAUUAACCCAUUAUUCAUACAGUAUUUAUGCACCCAAUUGUUUCUAUUUAUUCUUUAAUCCUCUUUUUAAAAUUGGAAAGAUGUUCAAAUCUAAAAAAAAAUAUAAUUGUAGAAGAUUUUACAAGUGUGUCAUGCAUAUCUUAGAAGAAAUAUUAUGAAGAAGUUUUAAAUUUUGUUUGAGUCAAUUUAAAAAUAAACUGUUUCUGGUUCCAAAGUCUCUAGUUUUUGGUAGAUUUUUGGCUCGGGUAUAGAAGUAUGUGUUAUUUAAUUACACUUUCAUGAAAAGUUUAAGAAUCAGCAUUAUUACUACUUAAUUUUCAUGUCAACUUUGUCAGUUUGAAGGAAAGUGCUAAUGCAGUGAUUUUGUUUUCAACAUAUUUUGAGAAAUCAUGUUUGACCUCAUAUUUUGCUUUGUUGAGUAUUAUUUUCAUUAAUUUGUCACCAAUGAGUGUAGCCAUUUUUCAUUGUAUUUUCUUCUAAUAUCUGUGUGCAAUAUUAAACGUUGGACAAGCCUGUGCCUAUCUCGCAGACUAGGGUAGGAUAUUUGAUAUAAUUUCUCAAAUUAUGUUUCUUUAAUUUUGUUUUUUAUUUUUACUUUUUCUUGAUGGGGGAUGUUGGGGGGAGGUAUUAAAUCAAAACAAUGAAGAUAUUUAGACAAAAAAGAUAAAAUUUGAUUUAAGGUGGAUAUAUUUUGGGUUAGAUUGUUUAUUUUGUAGGGAGGGGUUUGUGAGAUAGGUCACUGAGAGUACUUAUCACAGCUCUUUGUUGUGUUGAUCUGAGAUAUAUCAAAUGUAGAAAUUAACUCACUUGGGAUCAAUAGGAAUAAAUCUUCACAGAAAUUUUA